GUGGGAGGGGGGGAGGUCAAUGACAGCUUCACUUCCGGCUCCGGCGGUGUGGGGAGCCGGGCCGAUAUGGAGGAAGAUGCUGCUGGGUUCCGCUCGCCGAGCGCUGAAGCUAGGGCAGGAGCAACACCCUAGGAGUCCCGGCCCGCAGAGCGCCGGUACUAUCGACAGGGCCAUCCGGGGCUCAGGAGCCAGAGUCUCCUUAUCUUCUUUAACUCCAUGUUCCUGCCCUGCCCAGUACAUCAUCAGGCAUUCAGGCACAAUGGAGGAUAAACGCAACAUCCCAAUCAUUGAGUGGGAACAUCUGGACAAGAAGAAGUUCUAUGUCUUUGGUUUGGCAAUGACAAUGAUGAUCCGAAUCAGUGUCUACCCCUUCGCCCUCAUCCGCACACGGCUCCAGAUACAGAAGGGCAAGAGCCUCUAUCAAGGAACCUUUGAUGCCUUUGUCAAGAUUCUGCGGACAGAUGGGGUGUUAGGCCUCUAUCGGGGUUUCUUGGUCAACACACUCACCCUGGUCUCUGGCCAGUGCUAUGUUACCACCUAUGAGCUCACCCGAAGGUUUGUGUCGAAGUACAGCCAGAGCAACACUGUGAAGUCCCUAGUGGCUGGUAGCUCAGCCUCACUGGUGGCCCAGAGCAUAACAGUGCCCAUUGAUGUGGUCUCCCAGCACCUGAUGAUGCAGCGCAAGGGCGAGACCAUGGGCCGAUUCCAGGUGUUUCGGGGUACAGAGGGCCGGGGCGUAGUGGCUUUUGGCCAAACCAAGUAUAUCAUUCAGCAGAUCCUUCAAGCUGAUGGAAUACGGGGCUUCUACCGAGGUUAUGUGGCUUCUCUACUCACCUACAUACCCAACAGUGCUUUAUGGUGGCCCUUCUACCACUUUUAUGCAGAGCAGCUCUCCCACAUCUGUCCUAAGGACUGCCCCCACAUAAUCUUCCAAGCCAUUUCUGGGCCCCUGGCUGCAGCCACUGCUUCUGUCAUCACCAACCCGAUGGACAUUGUCCGAGCCAGGGUACAGGUGGAGGGCAAGAACUCAAUCAUCUUGACCUUCAAGCAGCUGUUGGCAGAGGAGGGCCCCUGGGGCUUCAUGAAGGGUCUCUCUGCCAGAAUCAUUGCAGCCACACCCUCCACCAUGGUCAUAGUGAUAGGCUAUGAGAGUCUCAAGAAGAUCAGCCUUCGGCCAGAAUUAGUGGACUCCAGACACUGGUAAUGGGUAGUAGGGAGAGGAGCCUGCCAUGCCUUGAAGAGAGGGACAGAGAGAAAGGGGACAGCACCCUCCCUUGGCCGUGCACACAGUCCUAAGCUGUGCUGGCUGCCUGGAAAGGGGACACCAAACUGCUCUGAUUGAAUAGGCUUUGAGCUUGGAUCUCCAGCUCACCCUGUUUUCAGUUCUCUGGCCAAACUGA